AUGGUAGAUGUACGGGAACUCCUCCGAAACGAACUCGCAUCACGACACCUACCAAGCUCGAAAACUGCCAAAAAACGCAGACAUGGCUCAGCCCUAGAGCCAGCACGGAAAAAAGCCAGGCCGUUUACAGAGGACAACACGUCAAUUGAAAACGAAUCCGCAGCCGAUGAUUCCAUAGAAAUAGCAGCUACCACCAAAUCACCACCUCCUACCCGCAACACAGAACUUGACACAGAGUCAGUGGAGACUCAACCUGAGAUAGAUUUAGAGGGACGGCCUGCAAUAUCCACCAAUCAAGAAGUUGACGAAAACGAGUGGGCUGCCUUCGAGCGGGAGGUUGCUCAGCCUUCUAGGCAGCAGCCGCCGCCUACCACCUCAAAUAGCACUGUGACCAUAUCUGCUGCCCCUGUAUCUGCGGCCGAACUAGACUCACGAGAGCGUCAGGAUCGUGAAUCUCUGACAAAGAACCGAGAGGCUGCCUUGCUCGGGGACCGUGAGGACGCUACUAGAUUUCUGGAGGAAGAAUUUGACGAGAUGGAAGAGCUAGACCGGCGUGUCAAACGGCUGAAACAGAUGCGGGAUGAGAUCCGUCGCAAACGAGAAGAGGAUAGCCAGGCAGUCUACAGUGCAGAAGUAGAUGAUAUGCCGGAAAAUAAAUCGAAAGCUGAUGGUGAAGGAAAUGAUGAAGAUAGUGAAUAUGACGAUGAUGAAGAAGGCUGGGACGAUUGGGCGUUCAGAUGA